CAUUUGGGCUCUGUUCUAAUACCAACAGCGGAUCUCCUCGUAGACCGCUUCCACUCGCUCCGUAACGCUUCCCCGCGACUUGGCAAGAAUGAAACAAGGGCUUAGUAACCGACUCCCCAUUCCUGCCAUUUCUCCCUAUCGGUUCCCGAUCUCCUCCUCCGUCUCGCCAUGGCGUCGCCGUCGUCCACCUCCACCGCCAUCGCCGCUGAAGCCCUAACCCCGAACGCGGCCAUCCGAGGAACCUUGAUCCCCAGCCUACCUGACGACCUUGCGGCCGUGAUCCUCGCGUCGAUCCCCUACUCCCACCAGUCCCGCCUCCGCGCCACCGCCCGGUCGUGGCGCGCCUUUCUCGCCCCGCGCACCCUUCUCCCCCUCCGCCGCAGUCUUCGCCUCCCCUGCCGCCACCUCCUGGCCCUAUUCCCCGCCGAUCCCGCCAUCACCCCGCCUUGCCUCUUCGACCCUGCCACCGCUGCCUGGGCCCUGCUGCCCCCGCUCCCCUGCAGCCCCUACCUGUACGGCCUCUCGAACUUCGUACCUGUCGCCCUCGGCCACCACCUCUACGUCCUCGGCGGGUCCCAGUUCGACGCCCGUUCCUACCCCCUCGGGCACCCCAUCGCCUCCGCCGCCGUCCACCGCCUCGACCUCACCGCUCCUCCGACGCUCUCUUGGGACCACCUCCCUGACAUGCUCUUCCCCCGUGGCAGCUUCGCCUGCGCGCCGUUGCGCCCAUCAGACGGUGGCAACAACGAUGAGGACACGAUCAUCGUCGCUGGCGGCGGCUCACGCCACACGAUGUUCCCCUCCGUGGGCAGCCGGAUGAGCUCCGUGGAGUGCUACUGCGUUCGAUCUGGUGAGUGGAGAAUAUGGACAGGGCUGCCGAGGGACAGGGCAGGGUCCGUGGGGUUUUUGGUCAGGAGGGAAGCCGGGGAGGAGGACGAAUUCUGGGUUAUGGGAGGUUACGGUGACUACAGGACGUUGGCAGGAGUGGUGCCAGCGGAUGUGUACUACAAAGACGCUAUGGUGCUAGGCCUUAGGAGUGGGAAAUGGAGGGAAGUGGAAGCCAUGUGGGAGGAAGGGGAGCGAAGGAAACUGGGGGCAGUAGUGGCACUUGAUGGAGAAGAUGGUCAGACGAAGGAGAUAUUUAUGCUCGACACAAAUGAUAUAUUCAGGCUACCUAAUUUACAAAUAAGGGGAUGUUUAUUAAAAACUGGAUGGUUUAUGACUGUUGUUCGAGAUCUUAUGGACUAGAGAUAAGGUGAGUUUUUCAACUUUGAAAUGCAAAGUGGAUUUCCAUGGUGAUAUGUCACACUUAAAGCUACAGACGUUAUGGUCAUAAAAUCUUGCAUCAUGGUUGUCCAUGUCAGUGAUUAUGCUCAUCAGUUUUUAUAGAGUGGGGGUCAAACCUAUUCCUUUUUUAUUAAAAGUCGAACUUGGAGAAUUUGCAGUGAGUUCCUGUUUCUUAGUAUCAUGAUUAGAUCUAUAUUUUAAGAUACUCCUUAACUAGAUUUUUCUUUUUAUGAUGAUCGUCUUAUGUAUUUUACGUUUUCCUAAAUUUCCUUGAACUAAGACCUACUGAAGAAUGGUGUCUUAUAUUGGCUUUGUCUUGGAUGUCAAAGGUCCCCAACACUACCGCCACUCCAUAUUUUCUUUUGCCACCUUGAUCAUUAAAGGCUAGAGGUCCAUUGUGAAACCCCUUGAGUCUCAAGUCUUUUUCCCUUGAAAUAUGUGUUGAAGUGUUUCUUGAAACAUCUUUAUUUUGGGGGAUCUCUGGCAGUGCCCCUUAUCUUUUACGAUUCACUGUAUUGCUUUUUUAAUCUUACCUCUUUGGAUGUCUUAACCUGUGAAUGUGGUUUGAUACUCUAAACCAUGUGAAUUUAUGUCGUUAUUCUUUUGUUCUCCCUCAUCACUUCGCUUUAGGUCCCUAGAUCUUGUCAUGUGCUAUGUGUGACCUAGUUCUUGGGUUAAGAUACGUUUUAUUUGUAUCAUGUUUGUUAUACAAAUAAAUACAAUGUACAGGCUACUUAGAUGAUGCCUUUCUUCACCAUUAAAUCUAGUUAUCACUUAUAUUUCAUUAGAUGCUUUGGAAGAUCAUAGACUCCUAUUUGGAAUUGGAGAGACUGUUGUCGCUGUAGAUCUUUUGAGUUCAUUCUGUUUAAACGACAUUUUCCUUACAAUGUUAACUGCUGUCAUUUUCUAGACUUUGUGACACCUCCUGUUGGCAGUGACUAAGAAAACAUUUGCCUCAAGAUUCCAAAACAUAUAUGGUAGAUGUUUCCUCUAACUUCACCAGCCUGUGAAUUAUGGAAACUGAUCUCUUCCUAUUACAACAUCUUUCUUAGAUCGAUCAAAAAUUACAUGGCAAUGACUAGCAGUAUCACCUAUAAUCUUUUGCCUUAUCUAUUAAGGACCAUUUUCUAAAAGUUACUUUUUGACUUUGGUAUGAGUAUCAAAUGACUUGUCAGAUACUCCUCUUUGUUAAGAUAUUCUCAUUUCAGAUUGUACAAAUGUGGUGUCAGUACUAGUGAAGUCAUCAGGUGCUCGGGCAGUGCGAGACCUGAGUGCCUCAGGAUGACCUAUGCAAGCAACUAGGCCUGGUCAUCAGGCACACCCGGGUUGACAUAUAUCACUCUUUUAGGAUUGGAUCAUACCAUGGCUCGAGUCAGCCACUUGAUCUGAUUUAAUCAAGUACAAAUUAAAACCUCAAACCUGCCCCUGCGAUUACUUCUUCACGGAAAAACCUAGAUUUUGACCAUUGACUGCCUCUUCUUUUUGUCAACGACCAGCUCUCUCCUCCCUGUCUGUGACCAACCACUCCCUCAACAGUGUGCCUCUCUCCUCUUUGCCUCUGUGUGGGGGCUCUGGCAAUCCACCUUCUUAAACUUCCUUUGCUCUCUGUUUUUCCCAGCAAUUCUCGUUAAAUGAAUUCAAUUUGAUGCCUUAGUAUUGAUAUUUGAAAAUGAAAUGAUAUUGUCUAAUUUUUAUUUUUAUUUUUACUGUUCUCCUUAAUUAUAUUUUUUUAUAAUUUUUAUAUUGGCGAGUGUCAAGCACCUCAG